UUUCCGGUCUACUGUCAAACGCCAUAUUUGCCUGUAAAAUGUAAACAAAGAAUGUAUCUAUAAACAUCGGACUUAUUUUAUAAAAUUAUUGAUUCAGAUCUUUUGUAUUUUGUAAAUGAUAAUUAAUUUAGCGUUUGGUUGGAUAAUCUGCUGAAAAUAUGAGCUUCCUCUUUGGCAGUCGGAGCAACAAAACAUUCAAGCCAAAGAAGAAUAUACCAGAGGGGACGCAUCAGUAUGAUUUGAUGCAACAUGCUGCUGUCACUCUAGGUAGUGGAAAUCUUAGGUUAGCAGUCGCACUGCCUGAAGGUGAAGAUCUCAAUGAAUGGGUUGCUGUCAACACUGUGGAUUUCUUCAACCAGAUCAACAUGUUGUAUGGCACAAUCACAGAAUUCUGUACAGAAGAAACAUGCCCAGUGAUGUCAGCAGGACCAAAAUAUGAGUAUCAUUGGGCGGACGGACAAACAGUCAAGAAACCCAUUAAAUGUUCAGCACCAAAGUAUAUAGAUUAUCUCAUGUCUUGGGUCCAAGAUCAAUUGGAUGAUGAAACACUCUUCCCUUCCAAAAUUGGAGUGCCAUUUCCACGGAAUUUUCUAUCCAUAGCAAAGACAAUAUUAAAAAGAUUGUUUCGUGUGUAUGCACAUAUCUAUCACCAACAUUUCAAAGAGGUCAUGCAACUCAGCGAGGAGGCUCAUCUGAACACAUCUUUCAAACACUUUAUCUACUUCGUGCAGGAGUUUAAUCUUAUCGAACGUCGUGAGCUCGCGCCACUCCAGGAGCUCAUUGACAAGCUGACGAGUAAAGACCGAUGAGGGAGAAAAAGGAGAUUCCAUUUUUUAAUAGCCAUUUUUUUUAUGCGAUGGAUAUUUGACUUGCUUACGAUUAAGCACCGUCUGAUAAUAUGAUAUUUUAAAACUGUUGGACCACUAUGUUUUCUUUAUUUCGUGUGUAUAGAUGUACAGAAAUAAUUUUGCCGAGGUUUUUUUUCAUGUGUGAUAGUGCUUUUAUCCCAUGUUUCUUUUACAAUUAUUGUUUUUUAAUUACGGUAGGCAAGCUAAAUUUUGUUGACUGAACAAAUUUGUAAUAAUGUUGCUUAUAAACUGGGAGAUAAAUGUUACUCAUUGCUUUGUUUAGAACUAAAAUGGGGAAAAAAUAACUUACAUUUGUUAACAAUUUUUAACAAAAGGGCAAACUUGACUGUCUCAGAUGCUGUUAAUAAGUCUUAUAUUGUUUUGUGGGUGAGUGUAUUGGUCAUGCUAAAUUUAAGAAUAUUUUCGUACUGCAAAUUUAUAUACAAGGAAAACACCCUCAUAAUUAUGAAGAUUUUAUUCUUAUACAACUUUUGAGUUAUAUGAGGGAUAAAGGAU